CUGCCUGCACCCGCGCUCGGUCACUCACCGCUCUAUCUUCUUACACCAUGUCUGCCCGUCUUCUGGUAGUCGUAGUCUGCAUGGCAGAGCUGAUGUCGCUCAUCGCUGCUGGCGGUGGCGGCGGAGGACACAAGAAGGUCAUCAUCCACGUGCCGGUGUUUGUGAAGCACCACCAUCAUAAGCACACCAUUGUGAAGCACAUACACCAUAAGAGCGGCGGUGGUGGUGGUGAUGACCACUACGAGGUCCUAGGUUACACUUACGGAGAACCCAAACCUGCACCACACUUCGGAGGAGGACACGGAUGGGGUGCUGCCGAAGAGUCUCAUGGCGAUGGUGGUUAUGGAGAAUCUCCUGUCAGUUUCGAAGGUGGAGACCACACAGGAUACGGUCUUGCUGAGAGCGAAGACGUGUCAUAUGGCUCAGACAUAGGCCACGGAGGAUACUGACCACAUUAAUGCAAAUAUCUCUGUACAUAUCAUUAAUAUAAGGUUGCAAUAUGAAUUGGCAGUGGACGUAGUACAAAUUAUUGAUUAAGUAUUACUUAGAAAUACUUAUUCCUUGCUCUGAUUGUCGUUCAUACAUCUUCGUCGUGUUUCGUCCACUGUUUCAUAUUUAAUGUUGUAUUGAAUACUUGUAUCCUCAUUAUGUUAUUACAAAGCUGUGAAGGUCUGUCUUGAAUGUCUUGUAUGUAGCUUUACAGUUUGACUGUACCCG